AUAGUUCUGGCGAAGAAUCCAACCAAAUAUCCAAAUGACGACUCCAGUGACGACUUUAGCGAUGAUGAAGAAAGAGUUCAAAAAAAUGAAAAAGAAAUAGACAAAAAAAAAAAGAAAGAGUAA